UGGUCGAACCAAAUUAUCAAUCUGUCAAUUUCGUGUUAUUAAAAGUUAAAUUGAUUUGGUACAAAUUAAAUUAAAUAAUCUUAUUUAUAGUAGAUCAACCGUAAUUCAGCUUAUUUCCAGUUAUUGUUAAUAUUCCUGCAAUUUGUGCAAUACGGUGAAGAUUUAAACAUGCAAGAUACUAGACCAGAACUUUACGAAGAAGUUAAACUCUACAGAAAUGCUAGAGAACGUGAAAAGCAUGAUAAUAUGGCAGAGUUAUAUGCUGUUGUAAGCACAUUGCAGCAUUUAGAAAAAGCAUACAUGAGGGACUGUGUGCGCGCUCAAGAGUACAUGGCUGCCUGCAGUAGACUGCUUGUGCAGUAUAGAGUGGCCUUCAAACAGGUGCAGGGAGAUGAGUUUCCCACUAUAGAAGCUUUUGUUACUAAGUUUCGGCUGGACUGUCCAGCAGCGUUGGAGAGGAUACGUGAGAACAGACCAAAUCUUAUCAAAGAUGACAAAGGCAACACAAAUAAAUACAUUGCUGAGAUUGUGUCUUUAUUCAUAACUUUGAUGGACAAGUUACGUCUGGAGUUACGCGCCAUGGACAUGAUCCAGCCGGAGCUGAGAGACUUGAAGGACACAAUGGAUCAUCUCAGCAUGCUGCCCGAGGACUUUGAAGGCAAACUCAAGGUACAAGAAUGGCUAGACAAGUUGUCAGAGAUGUCUGCAGCAGAUGAGCUAUCGGAAAGUCAAGUGAGACAGCUCGUGUUUGACCUGGAGACUUCCUAUGGGGCAUUCAAUAAGUUCCUGCACAAGGACUGAAUUCAUUAAUGACCACAUGAAGAGCUCAAAAAUACUGGUUUCAUUUUUUUUAUAAUUAUUUAGUCAUUUUUGAUAUCUCAAAUGGAAUUAAGAUAAUAUUAAGCAUAUAUUUAUAUAAAUAAUGUUACUCAGUAAGUCUGCGUUAAUAGUGUUUAAAGGAAAAAGAAAAAGAAGAAAAGUUUAAAAGAGGUGUUUGUAUGUUCCAAUCUAUGAAACUAGGUACCGGAUUAAAAAAAUCUUUUUGUAUUUGAUAGCCUAAUUAUUAAAGAAGGUUAUAGGAUACUUGGAGAACAUAGCGUGAUGGUCUAAGGAGUCGAGUAGAAAGGUUGAAAUUACUACAUAGAAAAAGGCUAUAUGGCUCCAUUGCUCACCUGAAUGGUGUUCAUAUAAUAUAUUAUAUAUUUCAAAAUAUG